AUUUCGUGAAAGUAUUGUUUAAUUAUUUUGGUAGGAAUGUACCUUCCAGAAGUAGAGAGCAGAGUUUUUGUUACAUACAACAGAGGCAGAACGGUCACCUAUUCCUCCUACAGGCGGAGUCAAAAUAGCCAAAGUAAUUCUCGUCUGAUGUGGAUUUUUGUUGGUCUCUUUUUCGGAUCCAUAGUUCUAGUUCUUCUGUGUUUCUUUUGUUACAUCAAAUGUAAGAGAAAAACACCAGAGACAGAGAACAAUUCGGGAAAUGCAGUGUCAGUGGUACGACUGCCAGAUACAAGAUAUGAUAUAAAUCCUCCUCCUAGCUAUUCUCAGACAGUACAAGACGGACACCGGACCCUCAAAGUAUCUGACCCAAACGGUCCUCCUAGAUACAGUGAUAUCAUUAGUCCCCCGGGGAAUGUCGAGUCCACUCCGGGGUCAUCUACUCCGACGACAGAAUCCGUCAGUAGUCCAUCAGCCUCUGCCGCUCCCAGUGACAUCGAUAUCAGAUCGCACGUGGAGACACAGACAGGUGGGUCAGACCCCGAGGACCGGUCAACAGCAGGAGACAGUGAUGAACGGAAAGAUGAGGCACAUACUCCGACCAACGAUAAAGCAGGACUUAUUGACAAUGAAAUAGAGGGCUGAUGACAUUCUAUAAUAAA